AUUUAAAAACAACAUUGAAGUUUUUGGAUUGAAGUUCUUGUGUUUGUUUAUAUAAAGAAAAGGUUAGCUAGGCGAAAUCAGUCCACAGUAAUGACACUGUUUUCACUAAGAUACAAGUGAAAUGUCUAGGCUGCCCAGUAAUACCGCUAGUGAAGAGUCUUUUGACUUUCUUUUUAAAAUUGUCGUAAUUGGCGAUUGUGGAAUUGGAAAGACUUCCCUUGUUCAAAGAUUCAAAUCGGGAGUUUUUACAGAACGGUAUACUAAUACGAUCGGGGUGGAUUUUGCAAUGAAAACAGUUGUCAUUGAAGGGAAACAGGUUAAAUUACAAAUAUGGGAUACAGCUGGACAGGAAAGAUUUAGAACCAUUACUCAAAGCUAUUACAGAUCUGCAAAUGGUGUCCUUUUAGUAUAUGAUAUCACUAAAAGAUCAUCAUUUUUAAGUUUACAAAAAUGGAUGGAAGAAAUACGGAGGUUUACAGCUAAUAACAUUUCCUGGAUUUUGAUUGGAAACAAAUGUGACAUGGAUACACUACGUGAAGUUGAACAAGUUGAAGCCCUUGCCAUGGCGGAACUUAUCCCGGAGAUAGUUCUCGUGUUAGAAACAUCAGCUAAGGAUAAUACAAAUGUUGAACAAGCAUUUGUUGAGCUAGCAACAGAAUUAAAGCGUAACCAGUGCGGAUUAGGAAUACAUGACGCUGAACAGCAAGAAGUUUUCAAUUUAAAUACCACCAGAAUAUUGAAAUCCAAGCAAUGCUCAGCUUGUUCAAUUUAAAAUCUCCCAAUCUGCUAUUAACACUGAACCUUAAAUUUGUUAUUACCAUUAAGUAAUUUCAAGCUGCCUUCUAUUGUUAAAAUCUCAUUAUGAAAACGACUCUCAUUUAUAGUUGUUGAAAGUUUUAAAAUGAUUUUGAAGUAAUUUUUGAAAUGUUUCACGUAUAUUUAUAUGCAUAUAAAUAUAAUAAUUAUUUUCGUGUGUUAGAGACUAGAGUAUUAAGUAACAAAGCUCUUAUAUUUUGGUAAAAGCUUGAUUCUCAUCCCAUACAAGGCCUAGUGGUUGAUAUAUAACCUGUGAAAAUGCAUCUGAAUAAAACAGUUUUACCCUGCAA